AUGAGAACUAUCUGUUGGGCUAUUGCAUUGGUUAGAGCGAUGCAAGCUCUUCUCAACAUCAACGUAUCCCAAGCAAAUCAAAUGAAAGAGCUAUCCAUACAACACGUGGUCAACUCAGUUCCUUACGAGAAAGAUGGAAUACAUAACAUGAAGAAGGCGCUUGCUUUUGCAAAGAACAAAGGGACAUGUAGUUCGAGCCAGUGUCCAUCGAAAUCAUUUGACGGUAAUGUGGCCGAGAGUUCUGUGUGCAGGCAUCCGAUCCACACCGAGACAAUAGAUGAUUUUGUCUACAUAUCUGAUGUGAAUGACAAUGAGCUUAUGGCAUUGGUUGCCCAACAGCCUGUGAUUGGGAUACUGCGCAACCCUGGUCGUGACUUCAUGGAUCUUAGAUCUGACCAAAUUUACAGGUCACCAGCUGGACUAAAGGAUAUAUCUUUUCACCAAUGGAUCAUCCAGAAUUCGCAUGGUGAAUCAUGGGCAGACGGUGGCUUCGGAUACAUGCAUCGGAGAACCACAGAGGGUGGGUCAGAGUUCUACGGAGUAGCCUAUCCCCAGAAACGUGCUUUCCGAGAAGAAAAGAUGGAGCUUGAUCAGUCUAUGACUUAA